UGCGGCGCCUGAGUCGCCCGCACCGCCGGCCGCUGCUCUAGGCUGUGGUUCUUGGCCGCGCGCGGCAGCAUGGCCAGGCCGGUGCAGCUGGCGCCGGGCUCGCUGGCGCUGGUUCUGUGCCGGCUGGAGGCGCAGGAGGCGGCGGGGACCGUGGAGGAGCCGGGUGGGCGCGCGGUGUUCCGUGCCUUUCGCCGAGCGAACGCGCGCUGCUUCUGGAACGCAAAGCUGGCGCGCGCCGCCUCGCGGCUGGCCUUCCAGGGCUGGCUACGGCGCGGGGUGCUGCUGGUGCACGCACCCGCCUCCAGCCUGCAGGUGCUGCGCGAUGCCUGGCGUCGCCGGGCGCUGCGCCCACCUCGCGGCUUCCACAUCAGGGCGGUGGGUGAUGUCUUUCCAGUGCAAAUGAAUCCAAUAGCUCAAUCUCAGUUUGUACCCUUGACUGAAGUUCUUUGCUGUGCUAUAUCUGACAUGAAUGCAGCGCAGAUUGUAGUAACACAGGAAUCACUUUUGGAACACUUGAUGAAACAUCACCCAGGUAUUGCAAUUCCAUCUCAAGAUAUUCUCUAUAGCACUCUGGGAACUCUGAUUAAAGAAAGGAAGAUUUAUCACACUGGAGAAGGAUACUUCAUAGUUACUCCUCAGACUUACUUCAUCACAAAAACAGCUCAGGAAAAUAAGAGAGUCCUCCUAUCAGAUGAAAGUCACCUGGUGCCUGCCUCUGUAACCUAUCUGGUGAGCAUGGAGAACUGUGCAGAGUCCACCAAAGAGAAUGCUGUCCCCGUUACCCAUUGUCGGUCUUGCCAGUGUUUCCCUGACAUACGCACUCAGGGUGUUGAGGAACCACCAACGGCUGCAGACAUGAGUAGAAAAGGCCAGAAAGGUCUUGAGGAAUCCACGCCUUUGGUUCAGAAUCAGACAGUUUCACUAUCUGAAGAGAAUCAUAUCUGUGAGAGCCCUAAACCUUUACCAUGCACAAAAGACAAAGAAAAAGGCAAGAAAUUUGGUUUUAGUGUCCUGUGGCGCAGCAUAUCUAGAAAGGAAAAGCCCAAAACAGAGCAUAGCAGUUUCUCUGCCCAGUUCCCACCUGAAGAAUGGCCUGUUCGAGAUGAAGAUAACUUGGACAAUAUUCCACGAGAUGUAGAACAUGAAAUAAUCAGGAGAAUUAACCCCAUUCUGACUGUUGACAAUUUAAUCAAACAUACAGUCCUAAUGCAAAAAUGUGAAGAACAGAAAAAAUACAAUAGCCAGGGCACUUCCACUGACAUGCUGUCAGCCAGGCUUAAGUAUCCUUCCAAAGAGGGAGUAAAGAAAAGGCACAGUCGGUCCAUCAAGAAGACUCGCAGGUGGGGCCAUUCCCAUAGGCAUAGACACAAAGUCCGGAGUUGGGGGAGUGAUCUUCAGCCAGGAAGCGUUAGAUUGGAGAGGUACCCCAAGCUCCCUGAUACCCAGCCUGGCCCCAGAAUUAAAAGCCCCAAUGAAGUGGAAGUUCAGAAACCACUUGUUGAGAAUCCAACAGUGCUAGAUUCCCACUUGAUUUACAAAAAGCGAAUCAGUAAUCCUUUCCAGGGCUUGUCUCUCAGAAGAAGCCCAAUAACCAAAGGGUACAACAUCCAAAAGAUCAAUGAUCUGAAACCCAAUCAGAUUGGGCCAAAGGAACAGCCUUUCCAAAAGUCAAGGCCUUCAGAUUCCUCAAGAAUCUUUGAUGAAGUCCAACAGCCAUAUCCUGAACCAUGUCACGAUAAACCGAAAGCAGAAUCCAUUUAUGUGACAAAUUCUACUGUCCAACCUGUCAGUGAUGACUUCAGAGCUGACCUCCUAAAUUCCCCUCAAUGUAGUGUUUUGCAAAAUGACCAUCAAUGCUGUUCCUUUAGGGAAAGCAUGUUGAGAUAUGAUACACAUGGUGGUGAAAAUAAGGUGAUCUCUGAAGUCUUGAGGAAAAGUCAUUCUCACUUUGACAAGUCAUGGGAGACCAAAGAAACAUGGCAUAUCCUGCCAUCACGAGGUUCCUCCUCAGUAGACCCAACAUCCUCUGCUAGUAGAUUAGUUGAUAAAACAAUACACCAGUUUCAAAACCUUGGUCUCUUGGAUUACCCAGCUGAUGCAAGCUAUUUGAGACAAUCUGAGAGACAAGACAGAGAUUCAGAAGAUCUAAUGAAAAAGGCAUUUGUCCAGGAGGCAGAGACUGCAAGUCUAGAAAAUGAAGGACUUUCUGAGGAUGACCAGGCCUUAUAUCAGGAUGAAGUGGAGGAUGAUAAUGGGGCCUGCAGUUCAUUAUAUCUAGAGGAGGAUGACUUUUCUGAAAAUGAUGGCUUGUGUCAAAUGUUGCCUCGCCAUACUCAGUAUUCCUUUUUAGAUAGAAGCAAGUGGAAUCAUUUGGAAAGACCACAAGUGACUGAGAGAUCACUGACUGAGCAUAACAGCAAAAUGGAUAGGUUUGAGCUUCAGUCACUUACAAGAAAUGAAUGUUACAAGCCUACUGGGUUGCUUAUAAACCCUGAUGAAAGACAAAACCAGAAUCUCUCUCCUGAAAUCUGUACCCAGUUUGAUUUCAAUGAUGAAGAACCCAGUGUUACUAAAUGUGACCAGGCUUCAGCACCUGCUGAUGGAAGUUUAUUUGAUUACUAUAGUGCAAGGAAACCCAAUUCUGAGGCUGAAAUCCUGCAAGACUCUGUUGGUGACACAGUAAAGAAAUCAGUGAGUCAGUGUCCUCAGAAUCAGGAAAUGGGAAAACUUUUCACUCAGAAGUUAGAACUUUUCAAUGCUUCUUGCAUGCCAGUAUUGGCUCAGGAUAUCCAGCAUGAACAGAGUCUCUUAGAAGGAACAGAAAACCAAAGCAUGGCAGGAGACAGUGGAAUAGAUUCUCCACGGACACAGAGCAUGGCAUCUAAUAAUUCCGUCAUUCUGGAUGGACUGAAAAGAAGACAGAAUUGUCUGCAGAACUUUGAAGGCACAAAGAGAAGUCAAGCACUCACAUCCAGUUCCUUAUUACAACUAACUCCAGUCAUAAAUGUUUAAUUUUCUUUUGGAGAAAAUUUUUUUUUGUAAAAAUGUACAGAAGUAUUCUAUAGAAUCAAUUGAAUAUGUAAAAUUCCUCUAAAACAAGUAUAUAUGCUAUUAACCUCAUUACAUAUUUUCUUCUAAUUUUUCUAUUUUUUUUCCUUUUUUGAUACUUUAAAGCAGAUUUUAACAGAUUAGGAAUUUAUUGGGAAUAUUUAGAUUGCAAUAAAAAAACAUGGAAUCAUUAAUCCUUUUCCCAUUAAAUGUCAUUAAUUUUCAUUCAUUGGUUUCUCAAAUACACAGGAUGCUAAUUUACUAUCCAGUAGUAUUUUUUCUUUUUUCUUUUCAGUAUUGGGGAUUGUACACAGAGGAUGCUCUACCACUGUGUUACAUUCUCAGCCCUUUUAGUUUUCAUUCUGAGACAGGGUUCUCACUAAGGUGACUGGCCUUGAACUUUGGAUCCUCCUGCCUCAGCCUUCUGAGUAGCUGGCAUCAUAGGAGUACACUUCCAUGCCUAGCUAGAUGGUGUUUUCUCUAAAAGGUUUCUAAAAAUUGCCAAUUCCUUAAAACUUAAAGGUGAUUCAAUAAUUGGAGAAUUAUUCUUUCUGAUUCUCACAAUCCAGAAGGUCCAAGUAAAGCUCAGCACUGUUGGGAGCUGCAUGCAGGUUCUGUGGAAGUACAGAAGAGGGAGGUCAAACUUACUGCUCUGUUUAGCAUCAGAGCACUCCCUCCUGACUGUUGGUUUUCAGUAGGCCCUGAAACCUAUCAUGGCAUUCUAAGAUUAACCAUGGUUACAAGGACCUGCCCAAAGUACCUGCACAAAUUACUAAUAGGAGUAACCUAGCAUGAGAACUUGUGGGGGAGGUAUAGGCAGAGGCUUUUUUUUUUUUUUUGCUGUACUACAGAUUUAACCCUGGGGAGUACUCUACUGAGUUACAUCUGCAGCACCCCCACCCAUUAUUGUUGUUGUUUUUGGUACUGGGAAGUGAACCCAGCUUUACCAUCCCCUGUCUUUUUUAUUUGAAGACAAGUUAUUGCUAAAUUGCCAAGGCUGGCUUUGAAUUUGUAAUCCUCCUGUCUCAAGUGGAAUUAUAGGCAUCCACCACCUCACCCCACUGUGUUAGGGAGACUUACAACAAGGAAUCAGCACCAGUGAAUGGAAGUUAGAAAGAAUUCUACUUGGUAUGAAGAACUUAACUAUUAGACAAAACUCUCUGAAGUAGGUAGCUUUGUAAAAUAAUGAAUUUUCUAUUACUUAGGGUAUUCAGCCAGAGGCUUGGUGAUCUCUUUGCUGCUAUGCUGCAGAGGGUUUUCACUAUUUAGCUUAACAUAAUGGCUAACCUAGGUGAUUGUGAAGAGUCUUUCAUAUCUAAGGUUUUAUGCUUAUGAAAUCUGGUAAGGAUCUUAAGAAAUAUUGAACUCAUAUAAAAUUCCUGAGGAUUGCUUCCAGUUCUCCAUUUCUGCAUCUACCUCUGCCAAUUCUUGGGGAAAAAAAGGUUUUAUCUUUGAGUUUUGGACUGAGACAAGUAUCUUACAGAAUGAGGAAUCCAAAAGGAAUCCUUUUGUGACUCUCCUAGGAAUUAAUGAUAUUCAUUCAAUUCUGCCACCGGAUGUAUUAUGACACUCUCUAAUUAGAUGUAUUAAGUGAAGCUGAUUGUGAAAGCAAUAAAGUUCCCUUCUCCUACAACA